CCACCAAUUCCUAAAUUUUCCUCAUUGCUGAAAGAUUCAGAAACGCGUUUCCUUUUUCUCGUAGUGGCGAGAGGGGAGACAUGUAAUCUCAAUCUCACCCCCUUUAUAAUUUCUCUAUAUCUCUCUCUUCUCUCACACAAUUCUUCGUUUCCCAGAAUCUUACGAACCCUAAAACUUCUCAUUCUUCGUCACACAUUGAGAUCAUAUUCCAAUUCAAAAAAAUAUGUGUCCGAUGAGGUUCUUAUUGGUGUUCUUCUCAGCUGUACUCGCCGGAUAUUUCGCAUGGAAGACGGUGAGUUCUUCGCCGGAAUUCGAUUCACCGGACGAAUUGAAUGAGAAACAAGAACUCAAUCUCAAAAAGAAGAUGGAGAAUGGGUUUUGGGUGUUCGUCGAUAUGGCUAGCGGAAGAUACCUUUGGAGGAAUCUCAAGGAAAUGAGAGAGAAAUCUCAAUGAAGAUGAUGAUGAACGAAUACGAAAAGAUUUCAUCUUUUUUUUUUUGGUUUCUUCUUUGUGCAGAAAGUGUAAGAAACAAUAAUAAUGAUACUUUACGAGUUUAGUAUUCAUUUGUUCUAAUCUUUCUCCUGAAUUUUGUAACUUUUGAUUCAUUGAUUUGUAAUCUUGGAAAAAGAAUAACAAAGAGUUUGUAACCUUCAAGCAAUUU